GUUAUCUGGACUGUUCUGGAAAGGAAAUCUGUGAACACUGUUGAUCUGAGUUGGGAACAGAAUGUCUACUACAGAACCAUUUUUAGCAGAUGGCAAUCAGGAACUGUUUCCCUGUGAAGUCUGUGGACGACGCUUUGCCGCAGAUGUUCUGGAAAGGCAUGGACCAAUAUGUAAAAAACUCUUCAACAAAAAGCGUAAACCUUUCAAUUCCUUAAAGCAAAGAUUAGAGGGCACUGGUGUCCCCACUGUGAGAACUGCUCCUCCACCCAAGCCUCAACCUGUGAGAAAAGCUAACUGGAGACAACAACAUGAAGACUUUAUUAAUGCGAUUCGAUCAGCGAAGCAGUGUACCAUAGCCAUUAAAGAAGGCCAGCCUCUCCCACCUCCUCCCCCUCCGUCCAUCAACCCAGAUUAUAUUCAAUGCCAAUUUUGUAUGAGAAGGUUUAAUGAAAAUGCAGCCAGUCGGCAUAUAAAUUUCUGCAAGGAUCAGUCUUCUCGCCGAGUCUUUGAUGCAGCCCAGACCGCAGCCAGACUGGCAUCCAGAGCGCAGGGUAGGGCUCAGGUGAGCCCUAAGAAAGAGCCGACUAUUACCAGUGCUGUGGGAUCUCUGCUGCAGAACAGGGCCCCUGAGGCCAUGAGAGGAGCCCCAACCCGGCCAGGAUUAGCAGUGGACCCUGCUUCUGGACCAAAACUCAAACAAGGAUUUACUAAAUCUCCUAAAAAAGAUUAACUCCUAGAGGCCAG